AUGACAAGAGAAUGACAGAGUUCUCCCGGCUCCCAUGUCUAGCGUACGAGGAGACCGGUUCAUCAGAUACCAAACAACUUGUCUAAAGAAGUUCCAGAGGAGAGGAGAGAUCAUCUCAAAAUCUGUUCGGAUUCUGUGGAUACAAAUCUUGUCUUGUAUACUUAAUCACUGACUCAUAAUCCUAUCCAAACGUAUCUUCUCUCGUCAUCCAAUAUAUUUUGAAAGCAAAUUUGAUUUAUUGCUAUAUCUAUCAAUUUUCUUCUCAAAUCUCAGUACCUUUUCUAGUCGGUUCUCAAAGUUUGGUGCUUUGUACUGAUAACACAGAUGGCGCUUCCUCAUGGCUCUCUUUUUCUUGGAUUUGACAGCUCCACCCAGUCAUUGAAAGCAACUGUCUUAGAUUCCAAUCUCAAUAUUGUCAAAUCAGAGCAAAUUCAUUUUGAUUCUGAUUUGCCCCACUACAAAACCAAAGAUGGGGUCUAUAGAGACCCUUCUGACAAUGGCAGGAUUGUUUCACCCACCUUGUUGUGGGUAGAAGCUCUUGAACUUGUUCUUCAAAGGCUUGUGAAAUCAGGUUUGGAUUUUGGGAAAGUUGCUGCUGUUUCUGGUAGUGGACAGCAACAUGGUAGUGUUUAUUGGAAGAAAGGUGGUUCUGGAAUAUUAUCAUCACUGGACUCCAAGAAACCAUUGGUGGAUCAAUUAGGUGAUGCCUUUUCCAUCAAGGAAUCGCCGGUUUGGAUGGACAGUAGCACGACUACACAAUGUAGAGAGAUAGAGAAAGCUGUUGGCAGUGCAUUGGAGUUGUCUCAGAUAACUGGGUCACGUGCUUAUGAAAGGUUCACUGGACCACAGAUUAGGAAAAUAUAUCAGACACAACCAGAGGCUUAUAAUAACACUGAGAGGAUUUCCCUUGUUAGCUCAUUUAUGGCUUCACUUUUAGUUGGGGCUUAUGCUAGUAUUGAUCACACUGAUGGUGCUGGCAUGAACUUGAUGGAUAUCAACCAGAGAGUAUGGUCUAAAAAGGUUUUAGAGGUUACCGCACCAGGUUUAGAGGAAAAACUUGGAAAGCUGGCCCCUGCCCAUGCUGUUGCUGGCAAUAUUGCUUCCUAUUUUGUGGAGAGAUAUAAUUUUAAUAAGAAUUGUUUGGUUGUUCAAUGGUCUGGAGACAAUCCAAACAGUUUAGCAGGUUUAACUCUUAGCGUUCCGGGGGAUCUGGCAAUCAGUCUUGGAACUAGUGAUACUGUUUUUGGGAUUGCAAGUGACCCCAAACCUGGAUUAGAAGGGCAUGUUUUCCCUAAUCCUGUUGACACACAAGGUUACAUGGUUAUGUUAUGCUACAAAAAUGGAUCUUUGACUCGAGAAGAUGUGCGCAACCGUUGUGCUGAAAAAUCUUGGGAAAUCUUCAAUAAGUAUCUGGAGCAAACACCAGCUCUUAAUGGUGGGAAGAUGGGUUUCUACUACAAGGACCAUGAAAUUCUCCCUCCCCUUCCAGUUGGCUUCCAUCGCUAUGUGCUCCCAAAUUUCACGGGCAACAACGUGGAGGGAUUGAAUGAACAGGAAGUGAAGGAAUUUGAUCCUCCUUCUGAGGUCCGAGCAGUGAUCGAGGGCCAGUUCCUCUCAAUGCGAGCUCAUUCUGAAAGAUUUGGCAUGCCUUCCCCUCCAAAACGAAUAAUAGCUACCGGAGGAGCAUCAGCUAAUGGUAGCAUUUUGAACUCUUUAGCAUCGAUAUUUGGCUGUGAUGUCUAUACAGUCCAACAACCCGAUUCUGCUUCGCUUGGAGGUGCAUUGAGGGCUGCUCAUGGCUGGCUGUGCAGUCAGAAAGGAAGUUUUGUGCCAAUUGCAGACCUGUACGAGGGCAAGUUAGAGAAGUCAGCUCUGAGCUGCAAGCUUUCCGUGAAAGCUGGGGACCAAGAACUGGUUUCCAAGUAUGCUUUAUUGAUGAAGAAGAGAAUGGAGAUAGAGAAUCGCCUUGUCAAAGAUCUAGGACGAUGCUGAUGCAGAGAAACCACAUUGAUCUGUAACUCAUCACCUUUUCUAUAUAUUUUUAAUCUGGAAAUGCAGCAUCUUUCCUCUCAAUGGGAAUGCUUAAUAAGGAUUUUUAUUCUUUUUUUGUUUGCAUCAUAUCAAAGUUCUUUUACGUUAACUCA